AUGCGCUCGAAGUCGAAAAUUCUUCAGACGGCUGAUUUCUCCAAGUUCCGCGACAUCGUUCUUUUGGAGUACAACUGCAGCAAAUGUGGAUCCUCUAACUUCGAAAUGCUCCUGCAAUCAAUGUACAUCCAAAAUUUGGUGAUAACGAAGUGCAGCAAUUGCGCCACGAAGUUUUGCCUUGGAGAUCAACUAGAAUGGUUCCGAGAAAUCGCCGUGAAAAACCCUCAAUUGAUUCAAGUUCUGAUCAAAAACGGCGACUUGAUUCAAGGAUCAGUAACUCUUGAUUUCGAAUCGAAGCUGAAUGAAAGCGCAGAAAAUAGAAAAAUUCUCGAGCAAGCUGAUGCGACCGACUACAUCGGUUUCGAUUUCCAGGAACAAAACAAGACAAACAAAGCUUCAGUGAAUCUUUUGCGUCUAUUCGACCAACCGGAACUUAUUACCACCCCAGAACCUGAAGAAUAA